UAAAGUUUAGUAAACUGUCGUGAUGAAGAAAAACAGUAAAUAGUAUAGCUCUCUGUGGGCUCGUCUGUUAUGUUUACAUAAUAUUUACUCCUUCAGUAGUAACACAGCCGUCUUAGAGAUACUUCUUGACAGGUUUGUGGUGCAUUGAGUGUAUAAAACUGGUCCCCAGACGCCUGCAGUAGAACAAUCCAGUAGGCAGAGAGUGGACAACCCCGACUCGCACGGUUAGCGGACAACUGUAAAACAACGGAGGCUUGACAGCUUGUUUAAAUUAAUACAUUAUCUUCAGGGAUGAACAAUGUGACCAAGCGUAUGAAGUGAGAGGAACACCUUGGCGAGGAGUGGCAGAAACAAAUGACAACCAACUUUGGUUGUUGUGAGAGGGGCGCCAUGGCAUCUCAGCCAAGUGUACACAAUGAAGAAAGGAACCUCCUUCGCCUCCGAGCAUGGGAACAGAGAAACCAAGAAACCAGUCACACCAAAGACCUCAACCCUGUGAAUGUGCCACUCUUUGGGGAACCAUACAAGAUAAACAAAGGGGAUGAGCUUUCCAAUCGAAUCCAGAGGAUGCUGGGCAGUUAUGAAGAUGUGAAUAAUCCCUGUGCCAUGGAGCUUUUGCCUAUUCCUACUUAUGUAACCUUCUCACAGCCAGAUCAGGGUGAGCCUGAUAAAUCAACCAAACUUCCAUUCCACAACCAGGUCAAUUACAUGUCCACCCAAAGCCAAAAAGGCCCCCCUACUAACAGUUACUCCUCUCAGCCAGUGAGAACAUCUGCUGCCUCUUCUUCUCCUACCCAGCAUGGACAUGUAUCUACUUUAAAAUCUUGUUUGAACCACAGUCUGGCCAGUCAACAGAAGAAGAAUGAAGCCAUCUCACACCUCAGUGAGUGUGUCAGCCUUCCACGGGAAAUGUCCCCUCUGUCUCCUGAUGCUAAGCCGCUUGCCUUCCUACAUUCCAGUGAGCACGAUAAUGCUGACACAGACACUACAGACAUGUUUAAUAGAAAUCAGCUUCAAGGGUCCACAGAUGACCCCUCUGCGUCUGCCAGCACCACUGAUGUUUCCACACUGAACGUUAAGCAGUCCCCAAAAGAUGCAUCUCUGCCUCAGGCUCCCAAGACUAACGCACUUGCUUCACAGACUUUCCCUCUGCUCCUGUCCUCUAAGCAGCCAAGUGUAGUCAUGACUCAGAAGCCAACAGCCUAUGUGAGGCCCAUGGAUGGUCAGGACCAGGUGGUCAUCGAGUCACCUGAACUAAAGCCUUCACCAGAGCCAUAUGUACCUCUACCAGAGGUAAUUAACAAGUCUAUCCCGGAUAAAACCAAGAUACUGCCACAAUUUCUGGAGACAAAGACAAAUGAAGCUCAGGCUGUUGAAGACAUCUUAAGGGAAAUGAUCCACUCAUGGCCCCCCCUCCUGACAGCUAUACACACACCUAGCACAGAUGAAUCCUCAAAGUCCCUGUCCUCAGCCAAGGAAGCAGAGAAUGUCUCUUCAUGUCCAGGACAAAAAAGCUGUGAAAACUCUUCUACAGAUCCAUCCCAGCUCAACCAGCAGAAGUCCUCCUCACCUUUACUUGCAGCAGCACAUUUCAGCGGGGUAGAGUCCACCAGUUCCAGCGACACAGAGAGUAGUUCAAGAUCAGAGCUGGACAGUGAAAACCCCACUGAGGAGCCACCUCAGCCCUGCAUGAGCAGUUCAGUUAAAACUGAGCCUGAUGCUCCGGCAGUGAGCCGCUGUGACUGGCAGCUGGGGAACAGGCUGAGAUCCAAUCAGCAGAACAGCAGUGAAAGUCAAGGCAGCGUACUUGUCUCUGUGAGCCCUACUCACAAACAGCCACUACCCAGUCAAAGCUUCAAGCACUCCGGUGUAGAUGUGGUCGACCCCACCACAGAAUCCAAGCCUUCUUCUCAUCAAAAAGAGUGCAGUGGCAACCCUCAGCAGGGCAGCAAAAGCCCGCAGGACAACUGUUGCCAACACAGUAGCCAAAAAUCUCCCUUUGACUCCAAGAAACUUUCAUGCAGUACAUUCUCCUCAAAACCAGUGAAGGCAACUUGCCCAGAUCACAGUGAAGCAGUUGUCAGUGUGAAGUGUGAGGAUGUUGUGGCCACACGAGUGAAAGACCCAUGUUUCACAGAUAGGCCCAAGGUAAAGACGAAGACGACACAUUUCAAGAAAAGCAAAGACAGCAGUGACACUAAAAGAGACAUUAAGAGGACUUCUAAACAUGUGUCGCUUGACAAGCGGAAAGCUGAAUCAGAGCUGGAGCCUGAAGUCACACUAGUCCUGUAUGGUCAUUGUCCAUCUUGUGGUGUGAGAUAUCCCAACCCCUGUGCCUGCCCCGCCCAGAGUCCUGCUCAGCCUGACCAGCUGUCUCCUGCUCCACCAAUCAGAAUCGGUUGUAGCAAACCUAAGGCAGAGACCAAAUGCCAGAAGGCCAUCAAGAUCACCCACAAGCACUUGGAGAAGACUGGGCAUGCAGACAAAGCUUCUCGGGACAGGCCUACCACGUCCCUGCUUGUGAAGAUCAAUCUCAGACUGCUCUCUAGAGUCCCCGGCAAAAACCAGGAAAUGCCCAACAAAGCAAAGAGAUCAAAGCUGGCUAUCGAGCAAGACGGGAAAGGCAGUGGUGCUUCUACAAAACACAAACGCACUAAAACCUGCACAAAGAAUAUACAUCAAAAUGCAGAGGUAGACAAGAAAAGUCCCGUGAGGAAAAGACGAAAGCUGGAAAACAUGAAUACCUCCUCAACUCAUGCUUCUAUCAAACUGGAGAGUUCCAACAAUCCAGCGGAGCACCGCGGGAGAAAAAAGGCAAAGAAAAAUCUGGUACUCGUGCAGCAGCCUUUGAUGCCUAAGGACACUGCUAAAGAUUCAAAGUUGGAUAAAUGCAACUCUGGGGAGAGGCAGUCCAGUAAGGACGCUGCAAAGAGCAAGGACUCCCGCAAGCACAAGAGCAGUGUAAAACACCCAGAUCACUCAAACAAUGCAAAGCAGAAGCCACCAAAGGUCAGCCUUACCAUCCCGUCAGCCUCACAACUCAGCAGGGAAGCUUUGACCAACAGGCCUUUGCUCAGAUUUGAAGACCGGCAGUAUCCGGUGAAGUAUUACAUAAAGGAGGCCAAACGUCUGAAGCACAGAGCAGAUGCAGAGUCUGAUAAGCUUAGUAAAGCUUUCACCUACCUGGAUGCAGCCAUGUACUUUGUUGAGAGUGGCAUUGCCAUGGAGAAAGAUCCACAGAUUUCAGGGUCUUCCUACACCAUGUUUUCAGAGACAGUAGAACUGCUCAAGUUUGUGCUGAAACUUAAAACCUUGGUGGAUCCCUCAACUCCAUCCUCAGAAAAGGACUUUUUAGCUUUAUGCUUGAAGUGCCAGUCUCUGCUGCAGAUGACUAUGUUUCGCCACAAACACAAAACUGCACUCAAGUAUUCCAAGACGCUCACUGAUCACUUCAACAACUCUGCUCAGGCUACACACGAUCCUUCUGUCUUAACUUCAAAAGUGACAGACACCACAUCCCCUGUGCCCAGCAUGCCGUCACCAGUCAACACAUCCACCAGCUCAGGCCUUGGCUUCAACCUCAGCGUUGGAGCAGGCAGUGGGUCGGCUGUGGACCCUGCUGGAAGCAUUGUGGCAGUUCCUCGGGUUAUUGAACAAGUUGUGCUCACCUAUGUCAACAUCACUUCUUUGUUCCUGAGCGCUCAUGACAUGUGGGAGCAGGCGGAGGAGCUGGCGCACAAUGGCAGCGGUAUGCUAACAGAGCUGGACACAGUUAUGGGCCCACUGAGCCUCACUUCAAGUAUGAGCUCUAUGGUCUGUUACACAAGACAGGGUGUCCACUGGCUGAGGCUGGACAGUCAAAAGGUAAAGUGACCAACAACCUGCUCCCAUUACUGGAUGCCUGCAAACCCUCGGUGCUGCCUCACUGCCUUUAUUUCAUUGAGCGACCAUGUGGCUUCUGUCUUUGUCUUAACUUCACAUGGACAUGAACUCAUUGCAUUAGAAAGGCAAAUCGGAACAGAUUGUUUUUAAGGCUAAAUUUGUAAUUUCCCAACAAGGAUACCACACUGAUCAUUGCACUUGUUAAUUAUUCUUUUCUCACGUCUUCUUUGGUGUCUUUCUUUAUCUCUGGCACUCUAAAUCUUCCGAGCCCAUGUUCUAAUUGGCCUCUUUAUGAUGCUACCCAGUUUAAUCUUGUGGUUAUGUUUCCGGUGCUGACGCACAGAUCAUGUUUAUUAUUCUUAUCACAGCUUGUGUAGUCAUUGACCUCUGAUUAGGUAAUAAUCACAGGACCUGAAUGAAAAGACCUGAAAAACUACAGGCACAAAUCACUGUUAUUUAGACUUUUUAUUGUUCUUAGUGAAUUUAAGUCUCCCCAUUUCAGUCUGAAAGACUGAUUUGUUUUGGAUCCAGGGAUUGCUUGUGUUUUUUGGG